AUGCGUAGUAUGAAGCUUGUAUUUCUCAUAGCAAUUAUCACAUAUUUGACAAUUCAUCUUGUUCAAGGUGGAAAUCAGCAAAGUGUUUUACUUCAAAAUGUUCAAACUUUGACGCUCUAUAAAGGCCAACGGACCCAGGCAAGACGAGUCUCCGCUGUUCCACAGCUCAAAUGCAUCGGUGGUUCAGCGAGAGGAGCUUUCGAACCUGAUGUUGUACAAUGUUAUAAUCGUGGCUCGAAUGGCAUCGAUAUUCAAUGGGAAUGUUCAGCUGAAAUGCCAAAAAAAUUUAAAUUUGGCAAAUUGAGUGUCUCAUGCGAAGGAUAUAACUAUCCCGAAGAUCCGUACAUAUUAGCAGAUUCAUGUGGAUUGGAGUACAAUUUAGAAUAUACCGAUAAAGAUUUCUAUGAUUCGAAAGUUCGCCAUUCAUCUGAAUCAAGAUUUUGGCCAUUUUUAUUCAAAGUUGCAUUGAUUGUUGUAGUAUUUUUCGUACUUAAAUCAUUUAUUUCUGGUGGAAACCGAACGGGUGGUGCCACACAUAUGUCCGCUGGACCCGAUCGUCGCCCUCCAGGUGGGGGUGGCGGCGGUGGUGGUUGGUUUUCAAACUUCUUUCCAGGCGGAUUCGGUGGCCUUGGUGGUUUAGGUGGUGCGCCAGGCUCAGGCGACGCUCGACGAAGACCACCACCAGCAGGUUUCCGAGACGACUUUACCAAUUUUGGAAAUACUGGAGCAGAUUGUCAUGCUAAUCAACAACAGAAUGCAGCUGCUGGUGGCGGAGCUGGCAAUUUUCUAACAGGAGCCGCACUUGGUGCUUUAGGUGGUUAUGUUUUUGGUGCACGUAACCGAAGACCAAAUACUCAGAACACGGCUAACACAGGAAACACUGGUUGGUUUGGUACAGGAACAACUACAACAGAUACAUAUCGUCAGAGCCCUUCGGCUUCAUCAGGUGGCACUCACACUAGCACCGGUUACGGUGGAACAACUCGUCGAUAA